AUGCACCGCUGCAGGCCGGGCGGGGUCCCGGCUCCUCCCUACGCAGAUGUGGGCGUGGUGGGGCGGGGCUCUGGCCGCCGGGUGCUCAGUGAUAGGCAGGUGGGCUCCGGCUCCGCAGGCGUGGGCGGGGCUGCCCUAGCGGGUCACUGUCGGUGCGCGCUGUCUCAGGCAUCCCAAGUGGGCGUGGGGCGCGGCAGCACGGUGAGCCGGCGGUCAGACCUCCCCCGCCGGCCGCCGCCUGUAAGUGCGCCGCCUGCGGGGCCUGGAGCGCGCUGCCCGGCCUCAGCGAUGGAGCCCGGGGAGCUGCGCAUGCUGGACGCGCUCGCCUACCUGAUGGGCUUCGCGGGCUGUGCGUUUUUCCUUCUGCUCCAGCGCCUCGCGUCGCCCUACGGUCGCUAUGCGUCCGAGUGGCCCGGCCCGCGGAUCCCCGCGCGCACCGCCUGGGUCCUGCAGGAGCUGCCCGCGCUGGCCUGGCCGCUGCUCGAGUGCGCCUGCGCCGCCGCCCCGCGCCUGGACCGGCUGCCCAACCGCGUGCUGUUGGCUAUGUUCGUCGUCCACUACGUGCACAGGGCCCUGAUUUUCCCCUUCCUGAUCCGAGGAGGGAAGCCAACACCGCUGUUCACCUGUGUGUCAGCCUUCCUGUUCUGUGUCUACAACGGCUACUUGCAGAGCAGGUACCUGAGCCGGUACGCCGUGUACACUGAGGACUGGGUGACCCAGCCCCGCUUUCUAGCUGGUUGUGCCUUGUGGUUAACGGGCAUGGUGGUAAACAUCCACUCGGAUCAUAUCUUGAGGAAUCUUCGGAAACCAGAGGAGACGGGGUACAAAAUACCGAGGGGAGGCUUGUUUGACUAUGUCACUGCAGCUAAUUAUCUUGGGGAGAUCGUGGAGUGGUGUGGCUUCGCACUGGCCAGCUGGUCCCUCCAAGGUGGAGCCUUUGCUCUGUUCACAUUUACUGUUUUAUACCCUAGGGCAGAGCAACAUCACCGGUGGUACCUUGAGAAGUUUGAAGAUUAUCCAAAGUCUCGAAAAGUAAUAAUUCCAUUUUUGUAUUAAGUGUGCCAUCAAGCAGAUGAUCUUCAUGUGCAAGGCUCACUGCUCUUUCUCUGGGAGACUGUAUAAAUGAGCCAGAUCGCUGGAAUUUUCCUGUUUCUUGAUUGUUUUCAAGAUACACUCAGUGGAUUUUUUUUUUUUUUGCCUUAGUAAAAUUUGUAAGCUACCCAGUGAUAAACCCACCAAACUGAAAUACAGGUUGAAGGAUUAUGCCACAUAAGUGGUCAGGAAUUUCAAACCUUGGGAAUUUAGUACUGGUAAUUUCUUUUAUUUCUAGUUUGCCUGUUUUGCCUGUGGAUAGCAAAUUAUGUACAAGCACAGAAUUUGUAAGCUUUUUGUGCUUGCUUGUGUGUGUGUGGUACCAGGGAUUAAAUCCAGGCCCUUUGCACUGAGCUACACCCUGGCCUCUUUGAUUUCUUAUUCUGAGACCAGAUUUUGCUAAGUUGCCAGAGGCAGUAGGCACUGAUUUCAGCCAGCUCUCAGAAGAAGUGACCAGGGGAGGGUAUGUGCUCUAAAAAGAGCAAGCUGCCCCGUCUCCCUGCGAGGGACCCUCAGAUGGUUGCCAAAGGUGCAGCUCCUCUGUCUUCCAGCCUGGUUCUGGGCUCGCUACCUCUAAAUAUGCUCUGUGGUUGUAUUUUUUCCUUCCUUUGCAUAGAACUAGAAUUUUCUGAAACUCAGUUUUCUUAAACUCUUUACAGAGCAAAAUGGUGAAACAGUAUUGUAGAGACCAGCCUUCAAGGUUUCACAGUGGAGGCUGGACAGAAAAGUUAAAAAUCAACAGUCUGAUGCUUCAUUAAGACAAGAUGUGUUUGCUCAGCCCAUCACAUUUUACCCCGUUAGACUCAGCCUUGACCACAUCAGCCGCAACUGAGAGAUAGUCCGCCCUGACUCAGUCUGACUGCAUCCAUCAUCUGGACAGUCUGUACCAUCUCACCUUCAAGGACUCUGUCUUCAGUGACUGUCUAACCGAGAUAAAGUGGUCAAGGCCAGUCCAGCUGCCUCCUUAUUUUCUCCCCCUUUUUGAUAAAUAACCCCUCUGACUAACCUGCCUGGAACAAACAUGCGUGACAACAUACGACCUGAUUCAUAUAACCAGUUAUAUGACAGCCUGCUCUCAGCUCUUGUACUUCCUGAUUUUAACGUGUAUGUCUCUGUUUCACUCUCAGUCAGUGCUAGUUUUUUGGACUUGGUCCCACCACCCUACUAGCAUAAUAAACAAUUGCCUUACACCCCCUCAGUGCAGAGGGUCCUCCCUCUGGUUUGCUACUGGUUUUUCUGCAAUGUUUCUUGGUUUAGAAGACUGGGAAGACAUUGCUGACAGAUUUAGGUCACUGAUGUGGGCCUGCUGGCCGCUGCUGGAACCCUCUCCUUGAUCUGCAGAUGAGAAGGUAUGCCCUUCAAAUUUAAGCUGGGCAGUCGAGGAGGAAGCCCCAGUGUGACAGCAGAGACCUCUUCAGACCCCAGGUGGAGUUGAAACAAGAACAGAUUGGGUCCUCGCAUAAGUUAGGUCUCCCUGGGUCUUUUUCCUAGAGAGCCUGUCACCUGCUUACUGCCCUCCCCUCUGUCAAUGGCAGAGGACCUGAUCACUCCUUGGCAGCCUCGUCUGUCACUUCUUCCUGUUCCAGGUUCAGUGGCGUAAGCUACUGUUGUUGUUUGUUAGAUUUCCUCCCUGAAUCAGGGGCUGACAUGUUAACCUCUGUGUUCCUAUGCACAAGAGUGUGUGUGUGUGUGUAUGCACAAAAUAAAAUGCGUGAGUCCAAGGUCCCCUGGACUCAACGGGGGACUGGAAAAAGUAGUCUAAUUAGUCUUGAAGAGAAAACAAAAUCUUUCAAUGAAACCCUACCCAGCAUGUCUGUCAAGACCAAGCAGACAUAUGAGGCAGACUGGAUAACAGAGCAGUUCUUUGUAUGUGGACUCCUGUCUUUGCUGUCUUUGUAACGGAUGACCUUGUAAUGUAACUUCAGAUACAACAGGAUACUUCUUCCUUUGUUUUAUUAAUAAUAAUAUAAUAACUGGAAAUAAUAAUAUAGCUUGAAAAAUGUAAACUCGCUUAGCACCCCACAGUGUCACCUGACCCUCCAACCAUAUGCACCUCUUUAAAACCCUUGAAGCACCACCAACCAGGUAGAGUCCUGACUUAGGAGACAACACCUGAGGAGCCAGCUGGCCCAUGGCUGAGCUGUAAUGAAGACUCAAGGUCAAGAGACAGGCCCAGCUGUGCGUGCUAAGAUUGAUGGGAUGAAACGGGUUGUCUUUAAAUUUCAAAAGGGGCAAGACAGCCCAAGCUCUCCUCCCAGCUUUGGGAGCCCCAAUGCCAGCAUAUAUUUUCCUUUUAAUAAACUUUCCUCAACAUA